UUUCUUACUCUUCAACUUCAUAUAAAAAUAUUUUAAACAUUUGCGGUACUUGUCCUCAUAAUAGUGACAUUUCCUCAUUCUAAGUAGUUAAAUCACUUGGAUUCAGAGGGCUUAUUUAAACAUUUGGGUUGUGUUUGGAUUUAGGAUUUGAGGUUGAUAUGUGGAGGGAAUGAGAAAAGUUUCCCUCCACAAAUUCCUUCCCAACUCCAACUCCAACUCCAACUCCAACUCCAACUCCAAACACAAACAGAAACUUGAUUCUUUAAUUUUCUCUUUCAGGAACUCCUUGUUAUUGGGCAAUGAAGGGUUACAGCAAAAACCAAAUGUUUCUGGUACUAUGUUCAAUUUUCUUGGCAGCUAGCACGAUUGAGGCUUCAUCUUACGACUACUCUGCAAGCAUAGAGUGCCGAGUGAAUCCUCUAGGUCCUCACUAUGAAGGAGGACUAGUGGUUAAUCCUGAAUUUCAUGACGGUUUAAAAGGGUGGGAUGUACAUGGAAAUGGGAAAAUCGAAGUGAAAAGAUCAAACACCGGGAACCAGUUCAUCGUAGCGUAUGGUAGAACUCAACCAUCCGAUAGUUUCUCACAGUGGCUAUUUUUGGAGGAAGGUCUUCUUUAUACAUUUUCAGCUUGGGUACAAAUUAAUGAAGGAAGUGAAGCUGUGGUGGCUAAAGUUAAAGUUUUGCAAAAUGAAACGAUGGUUGUGGGCUCUGUUAUAGCUCAAUCCGGCUGCUGGUCUAUGCUAAAAGGCGGUCUCGCUGUCAAUCUCACCAUGCCAGCUGAGCUCUUUUUCGAGAGCGAAAACAGCAGCAGUAUUGAGUUAUGGGUAGAUAAUGUUUCUCUACAACCUUUCACUAAAACUCAAUGGGCUGAGCAACAAUCUCAAAGCAUCAAGAAGAUAAGAAAGAGAGAAGUGAGGUUCCAUGUAUCUGACAAACAAGGGAAGAAACUCGAAGGCAUCAAAAUCACUAUGAAGCAAACAAGGCCUCAUUUUCCACUUGGUUGUGCCCUCGCCUUGACAAUCAUAGACAACAAGGAUUACCAAAAGUGGUUCACCUCACGUUUCAGUUUCACAGCAACAACUUUCGACAAUGAAAUGAAGUGGUAUUUCACCGAGAAAGUACAAGGACAAGAAAACUACACCAUCGCAGAUGCCAUGCUCGCCUUUGCCAAACAGCAUGGGGUCGCAGUGAGAGCCCACAACAUUUUCUGGGACAAUCCAAUUUAUAAUUUGGAUUGGGUUAAAUCUCUAUCGUCAAAAGCACUUCUGAAAGCAGCCAUGACACGAAUGGGCUCAGUAAUGUCAAGGUAUUCAGGCGAAGUGAUUGGAUGGGAUGUGAUGAAUGAGAACUUGCACUUCACAUACUUUGAAGAUAGGCUUGGACCAAAUGCCUCUGCUAUGUUCUACAAGAUAGCACAAGCACUGGAUUACAAGACAACUAUGUUUAUGAAUGAGUAUAAUACUUUGGAGUAUCCAGAGGAUUUGAAAUCCACUCCAUCUCAGUAUUUAAAGAAGAUUAGGCAGAUCAGAUCAUUUCCAGGAUAUGAAGAAAUGGUGGUGGGGAUUGGACUACAAUCUCAUUUUGGCACCCCAAACAUACCUUAUAUGCGCUCGUGCUUGGAUACUUUUGGUGCAGCUAAAAUGCCUAUAUGGAUUACAGAAUUGGAUGUCCAAAGAGGACCAUAUCAGGCCAAGUACUUGGAAGAAAUCAUGAGGGAGGCCUACUCACACCCUGCUGUUGAAGGAAUCAUAGUGUGGUCUGGUUGGAAACCAACUGGAUGCAGCAACAUGUGCUUGACAGACAACAAUUUCACCAACUUGCCAGCAGGAGAUGUUGUUGACAAGCUCAUUCAAGAGUGGAAGACCAAAAAUCUGAAGGGAGAGACUGAUGAGAACGGAGUUUACGAGCAUCAAGUUUUUCUUGGGGAGUACAAUGUGACAGUUUUGGAUCCACGUACUGGUGAGAAUUUGAUGAGGAAGUUGGAGGUGAGUAAUGAGGGGUCUGAACCAUUUGAUGUUUGGAUUACCAUAUGAAUUCAUUAUGGUAGUUUAUUGGAAUAAAUGAAUGAUAAUUAUUAGAUGUUUGGAU